AUGACUAACACGAGAAUGGAAACCGUCGUCGUGAGCAAAGCGUCGUCCACCACCACGGAGCAUCACGAUUAUCAUGAUCCAGACAUGUCGACCGAUACAAGUAUCGAGAAGCCGACCCUGGAAUUGAGACAUGACGAUCUCUGCAGCAAUCCCACCGAGGUCAAGCGCGAUUUCCACGGGCUGCCCCUCGUGCCUCAGCCCAGUCGCUUCAAAGAUGAUCCAUUGAAUUGGCCAUCAUGGUUGAAAUGGGCAGUCCUCAUCCAAGUCGGCGUCAUGGCCUUCUUGGGCCCAUACAAUGCCGCGCUCAUCAAUCCCAGCUUGAACCUCCUCGCAAAGGCGAUGCACGUUGACCCGAAGACAGCGGUAUAUAGCACGACGACGGGAAUUAUCAUGGGCGGAUUGUCGCCGUUCAUCUGGGCACCACUGAGCAAUUACUAUGGCCGUCGACCGACUACUCUGCUGGCAAUAUUCAUAACGAUACUGGGUGGAAUUUCGUCUGGACAGGCUCCCCAUUUCGCUGCGCUUUUGGGCACACGAGCAGUAUGCGGUUUUGGGUUUGGAGGGAUGAUGUCUGUUGGAACCGCAUGUGUUAAUGACAUGUUCUUUCUGCAUGAAAAGGGGGAAAAGACGGGCGUUUAUUCAAUCUUUGUCAUAAACGGGGCGCAUUUUGCAGCAUUGAUCGGUGGAUAUCUAGGAGAAUCUGCUGGUUGGCAAUGGGAUUACUAUCUAGGUGCAAUUUCAACCGCCCUCUGCUUUCUCGUCGCUGUCUUCCUCUUCCCCGAAACCCUCUUCUCACGCGACCCCGAAUUCCUCGCGAACCGCACCCACGAGCGAACAUACAUGGAGAUGCUUUUCAACUUCCGCGGCAACAUAAUCCCCGGCCGUCAUCUCCACGCCAGCGACUUCCUCCAAUCCUUCAAAAUGCUCCAAUACCCCUCCGUCCUCUUCCCAUUUUGGUACUACACCUGGGCAUGGACAUUCAUCAACGUCAUGCCCGCCGUCUCUCUCGCCUACAUCUACACGACCUUCUACCAUUUCAAAGCCGGUCCCAUUGGCGCCUGUCUGGGCAUCUCCCUCACCAUCGGCAGCAUCCUAGGUGAACUCUUCGCCGGCCGCGCAAGCGACUGGGUCGUCUACCAAAUGGCCAAACGCCACAACAACAUCCGCAAACCAGAAUACAGACUCUACCUCUCCACCCUCUCCGCCAUCUUCAUGCCAGCGGGCCUCCUCAUCUUCGGCGGCACGGUCGGGAAAACAGGAUACAUCCCUCCACUCGUCGGUCUCGGGGUCGGCGUGUUCGGUCUCCAGAUCUGCUCCACCUGUCUCUACGCGUACGUCUCGGACUGCUAUAAACCGCAGACCCCCGAAUCAGGCGUCCUCUUUAAUCUCUCGAGAGGCUUGUCGUUCGUGGUGGGCUAUUUCGCGUUGCCGUUUGCGGCGAAGGAGGGGUAUCUGGCUGCUUGGGGCACGUUCGCCGCGGUGCUUUUUGUGUUCUUUUUGCCGGUGGGGGCGUUGAUAUGGUGGGGUGAGGGGUGGAGGGUGAGGUUGGGGGAGCCGAGGUUUCAUCGUUAUUUGUGA